GCUGCUGCUGCUUCGCUAAGCUUCGCCCGCUUGUGUGGCCAGGAGCGACGGGGGCGGGGUGGGGAGAGGCUGGAGCGUUGUCCAACACGUGAGGCUCAUGUGAUGGGGGGGGAGGCAGGUCUGUCCCUCCCUCCGGUAGCAGCCAGACGUGUCUGGAGUCACAGGGUAGAACACGUCGCUCCAGUCCACCCACUCGCUCACAUUUAACCCAGCCUGCAGCCUUCCAAUUACUCCUCAGCUCGCCCAGCACCAGCUCGCCCCUGUACAGCCGCCGAGUGCUGCAAAGCGGAAGGACAUGAGCAGCCGCAGCAGCGACAUCAGCAGUAGCCGCCGCCACUAACCGAGUUCUGUCUUGGCCAUCAGGAGGAGACCGCCUCUUGUUUGCCAGGGACGCUUCCAGUGCCCAGCUGCUGCUCCUGCUGCUGCUGGAGGGACAUCCCGGUUCUUUUAUUGGCUUCUCUGCCUUCGUUGAGAGGAAGGAGUGUUCCUUCCACCCAGCCAGCCGCCUUACCCCAGGAGAGCUCUUGGGUUGAAAAAGGAAAACCCCUAAAGCCCAGGUUAAAUGGAAAGGAUCCCCAGUGCCCAGCCUCCUCCACCCUGCCUGGGCAAGCUGCCUGCGCUAGAAAGCAACGAAAUGCCCGGGUUGGAUUUUGCUCAUAUGUAUCAAGUGUACAAGCCCAGAAGAGGGUUAAAAAGAGGUGAUGACAGUAAGGAGACAUACAAGUUACCCCACAGACUGAUAGAGAAGAAAAGACGUGAUAGGAUUAAUGAGUGCAUUGCCCAGCUGAAAGAUCUUUUACCAGAACAUCUCAAACUUACAACGUUGGGGCACUUGGAGAAGGCAGUCGUUCUUGAACUUACCUUGAAGCAUGUGAAAGCACUAACCAGUCUCAUUGAACAACAACAGCAGCAGAUCAUUGCUCUUCAGAAAGGCUUACAUGCGGAUGAGCUGCCACCAAGAAGUUUUGAAUCUAGCCAGGAGAUGUUUCGAUCUGGUUUCCAGAUGUGUGCCAAAGAAGUGUUGCAGUAUGUGGCAAAGCAUGAAAACAGCAAGGAACUGAAAUCUUCUCAGCUCAUCAGCCACCUACACAGAAUGGCUUCAGAGAUUCUUCAGAAUGGGGCCAGCAGGAAGCCUGGAGAUGCUGCCCCUAAACUUACAGACUUGAAAGAAAAGUCUGGCUCUUUGACCAAAGUUGCUGAGGCACAUGGGAAAAAUUGUGUGCCUGUGAUUCAGAGGACUUUCGCCCACUCUAGUGGAGAGCAGAGUGGUAGUGACACAGACACGGACAGUGGAUAUGGGGGAGAACUGGAAAAAAGUGAUUCAAAAUCUGACCCUCAGUAUUUUAAAAAGGACACUGAACUUAAAUAUGCUGUCCAAGAAAGAAUCAAUUCUAUCAAACAAGAGAAUGAGGACCCACCAGCCAAAAGGACCAGGAUGGAAAUGUCUGAGGAUGAAGGCCAUUUUAGCAGUGACAUGCUUGGCUCUUCAAGCAGUUUCUUGGGCCCACAUCCUCACCAGCCUCCUCUGUGCCUGCCUUUCUAUUUGAUUCCGCCAUCGGCAACAGCUUACUUACCUAUGUUGGAGAAGUGUUGGUAUCCAGCGUCCGUGCCUGUUUUGUAUCCAAGCCUCCCAGCUUCCAGUGCAGCACUUUCGGGGUUGAUGAGCCCAGAUAAAAUCUCUUCUCCUUUAUUGAGGCCGCAGCGCCUCUCUUCUCCAGUACCAUCCCAUUCUCCCAUGGACUCUACUGCUCUUCUUCAAGCUUUGAAGCAGAUGUCUCCUUUGAAUUUGGAAACCAAAGAGUAAACCUGGUGUAAAUUUCUCUUGGGAUCUUUCAUUGGAGGAGGUUGAGUUUGAGUGUAUUUCAGGUCCCCCCCCCCCAACUAGCUGAACUAAGGAAAGGGUUGGGGAGAACAAUGGUCAUUUCCAUGUAGGAAAACUAACUUCUUUUUUGCUUUGACUGCUAGGAUAUUAAGAAGGACCUCAGAGAUGCAUCCAGGUUAAUUAUCCAGAGCAGAGAGUGGUUUAAAAAAAAAAUUCAGAAAAAUGUGUUGAUGCGCUUCUUACCUCUUGCUGCGUACAGAGCAACACCUGACCUAGUUGAUUAGGAUUAUAUUGUAAAGCUGUGAAAAUAACCUAAAACAUUUGGAGGAUUUAGGGUCUGUGAAUAUCAAAACUUGGUUCUCAUGAGGAUAUUUCAAAGUUAUGGCCUAGAGCCAAGAGCUGGAGAACAACACAGUGACUUCCCCCAACAGAGCGUUUGCUGCCAUUAUUCAGGCUCUCUCUACACACACACACACACACACACACACACACACACACACACACACACACACACAGCGCAGUUGAAGCAUUGGAAUUAAUCUUGCUAGUAGUGGUCACUGGCUGGUAGAGCACAGUAAGUGAUUCAGGGAGAUUUUGAGACUGGUUUCUCAUCAUAUUUCUGCUGAAUAUAUUUUUUAUUUUAUUUUAAAUGCUGCCUGGACAUUUUGUAGAGUAUACAAAUGAAUGAAUGAAUUUAUUAAAGUGCAGUUCUGUGUAACCUGAGCUGCUAGAUAGGGAGUGUUGAAUGGGAGGGGGACAUGUCUUGUGUUUCCCUGGUUCUCGCACUAGACCUCGUGUCUCACAGCUGCUGGUCAGGAAUCUCUGGGACUAGUUUGUAGGAAAGCAGAAUGGCUAAAGAGACAGAUUAGGGCAUGAUCCAGCUCUGACUAACAAAAAAUGGCAUCAGACUGGUCCAUUUAUAAGACAGUGGCCCUGCCACCAACAGUUUCACUCUCUGAAUUAAAUCUCUCUCUGCAGGGAUAUCUGCAGUUACAUUCUCUGACGUCAAUUCUGAAUUAGCCCUCUCUAGCACAGUAUUUGAAGAAAACCAAAGCUGGCUCUUAUGCAAGGGACUUUUGUGUCCAUAGCUGGGUGUGUACCUUUCCCCCCCAAAUACCAAUGUAAACUGCUGUCUAAAUGAACAGCAGUAAGGAAUGUUACAGUUGUCGAGAUGAAGGCCUUACCCAGACAUCUCUCACCAUGCCAGUGUCAGCACCUAGGGAGCUGCCUGGGGCCCAUAAAUGUCUGGAGGGCCUGCCCAGCCAUCCCAGAUCAGUCCUUAAUUCACGCUCUCCAGGGUUCUCCUGGUGCUGAGGAGAUAGGGCAUUGAAGCCCAAAAGCAAAAAUAGCACUUCUAACUUUAUUCCUGGUUUGGAUUAGAGCUCAUUUUUAACCAUUCAAAGCAAUGGAAUUUGGGAGGUAGGAAAACGGGGAUAGGGGGGCUUCCCUCCGGCAACUGCCGCCUGGAAGAACUUCUUUACAUUGCCUCGUAGUAAGACUGGUCCUUGAAGGUAGAUUCAGGAUCGCAGAAGUGAGUGAGCAAUAGACAUAGUCAGUGAAGGAAAAGCAGGUUUCUUGCCCAGUGUGCUGUUUUGGUGCUUGGCAUUCCUGCAGAGAAGGACUACAGCCCAUGGUUGUCUCUGGCUGGUCCACGCAGAUUGGGGCAAGCAUGAGUUGUGCAGUUUGCACAACUGGAUUAUCACAUUCACUGCGAGAGUCUCCAGUGGAAGGAGGUGACCAGCUUUUCCUGGCCGCUUCCUUUCUUCACAGUUGUGCAAACCAAGAAGCAUGAGAAGCCAUUAUCUGGUGGAGCCUGAAUAUCUGCCCCCAGUUGGAAUACAUUCUGCACAGAUAUAUACUCCCAUCUGAUUUGGCUUUUAAAAAAAUAAAAUCAUCAUCAUGUCAUAUGGUGAUGUCACCAUAGUAGUUCUGAGACAGUCAUAGAGCCGCAGUCCUAUGAACUCUCCUUACACUCUUGCACCAACUGCUAGAAUGCACUAUGCUUGAUUGCAGAUCGUGUUUGACCAUUUAUUUUAUUGUUGAUUAAAAAGAUAUUUUGUACACAGUUGUUGCCUUUAUUUGUAAAAUCUGUUAUAAAUAUAAAUGUGUACAUAUAAAUAUAUAUUAUAUGGAUAUGUAAAAUAAAACGUUUCAGAAGUCUAUUAUUUGUAAAAACUACUUGAGUACAAAGAAAGUGGGAAAAAUGAAUGUAUUCCUGGUUUUCUUUUUAAUGAGGAGAAUGUUUUGUUCUUCCUCUAGGGAGAGGUAGAGUGUUUAUAUUUUUGGAGCCUUCUUGAAGGUGGGGAUAUUGUAAAUAUUUUUAUCAGAUUCAAUGUUAAGUAGUUGUUUAAAAAUACUUAAUAAAAUUCUUUUCCUGUGGAA